AUGGAUACUUUAAAAUUUUGUACGGUUUGUGCGUCUAAUAACAAUAGAUCUAUGGAAGCUCAUAAAGUUUUGAGCGAAGCUGGUUAUAACGUGGAAAGUUAUGGGACUGGGUCUGCAGUCCGUCUUCCAGGUCUAUCGAUUGAUAAGCCCAACGUAUAUUCUUUCGGCACACCAUACAAUGAUAUAUAUAAUGAUCUUUUAAGCCAAUCUCAAACCCGUUAUACGUCUAAUGGGCUGUUACAAAUGUUGGAUCGUAAUAGAAAGAUUAAGAAGGCUCCUCAACGUUGGCAAGAAGAACAUUCUCGAACAUUUGACAUUGUAUUUACUUGUGAAGAAAGAUGUUUUGAUGCAGUAUGUGAUGAUUUAAGAACAAGAAACGGUAUCGAAGGGUCAAUCGUACAUAUUUUCAAUGUCGAGAUCAGAGAUGAUAAUGAAAAUGCCAAGACGGGUGGUCAAGCCAUUAGGGAAUUGGCAGAUAUGUUAACUGCUCACAGUCAAGAAUCUGAAUCUCAAAACAAACCAUUUUCUGAUGGCAUUCCCACCAUCUUGGCCAAAUGGCAAGAGGCUCAUCCAAACUUACCAUGCUUAUAUGCACCUGGAUAUUAUUAA